ACAACCAUGAAGCAGGACAAGAGACACAGGCAGGAUGAGGCAGACUGCAGGGCAAAGCUGAACCUCGUCAACGGGGACCACACCAAUCCCACUGACAACACACCUGCCAUUGUACUGAAGGCGAAUGGGAAGCCCAGCACUCCAGAUCCUGGGGACCUGGAGCUGCCACCUCUGAAGAACGACAAGAGGGACAGCAAGGGAGACCUCUCCCAGGAGGACCUGGACUGGCCACUUGAUCUGAUGAGGGUGAAGAAGGAGCAGCCCCAGGACAAUGCUCAGUGGGAGAGCAGCCUCAAGCAGAAGACCCCUGUCCGCCUCAUCUUCCAGGCAGGGCAGACCCGGCACGAGAUGAGCAUCAAGGAACCAAGCAGUGUGGAGACUCUCAGGGACUUGCCAACUCCUGUGCGGAGCUCCAAGCGUCGGUCAGCCAUGUCCAUCCCCAUUGACCUUACAGAGGAGGACUCCCAGGACUCUUCCCAGAGCAGCAGCACACUCUCCAGCAGCAGCUCCCAGGAGGGGCAGAAUGGUUGUGCAGAGCUAGGUACUGAGGAGCCAGAGGGCAGAGACAUGAGGUUGGCACCGGAGUACCAGGAUGGGAAGGAAUUUGGAAUUGGGGAUCUCGUCUGGGGAAAGAUCAAAGGUUUCUCCUGGUGGCCUGCGAUUGUGGUCUCCUACAGAGUCACAGCCAAGCGCCAGGCUGUGUCGGGCAUGCGGUGGGUGCAGUGGUUCGGAGAUGGGAAGUUCUCUGAGGUUUCUGCGGACAAGCUGGUGGGACUGAUGGCCUUUAGGCAGCAUUUCAAUUCUUCCACGUUCAAUAAGCUGCUCUCCUACCGCCGUGCCAUAUACCAUGCUCUGGAGGUUGCAAGGAACCGGUCAGGGAAGACGUUUACAUCCAUCCCUGGAGAGUCACUGGAGGACCAGCUGAAGCCCAUGAUCAACUGGGCAUUCACUGGUUUCAAACCCUUGGGGUUUAAGGGACUGCGACCGCCCAAAGCCUCAGAGAAUGGGGUGCCAAGGAAUGGCAUGGAGGACGUAGUGUCCCUUGAGCAAUAUCCCCCUUCCAAGAGGCUGAAGACCAACUCCUGCAACAACGGCAAGGAGCAGCGUGUGGAAGAGGACCAGACCCGAGAGCAAAUGGUUUCUGAAGUUACGAACAACAGUGGGAAUCUGGAAGACAGCUGUUUGUCCUGCGGCCCAGCCACUUUCCACCCACUGUUUGAGGGGGGCCUCUGCCAGACGUGCAGGGAUAGAUUCCUGGAGUUCUUCUACAUGUAUGAUGAAGAUGGGUACCAGUCUUACUGCACCGUCUGCUGUGAGGGCAAGGAGCUGCUGCUCUGCAGCAAUACCAGCUGCUGCAGGUGCUUCUGUGUGGAGUGUCUGGAGGUGCUGGUGGGGCGAGGGACGUCAGCCAAGGCAAAAGAGCAGGAGCCCUGGAACUGCUACAUGUGCCAGCCCCGGCAGAGCUAUGGAGUGCUGCAGCGCCGACAGGACUGGAACACCCGUCUGCAGGACUUCUUCACCAGGGACAAGGGACAGGAAUAUGCUGCACCCAAAAUCUACCCAACAGUCCCACCAGCAAAGAGGAGACCUAUUCGAGUGCUCUCGUUGUUCAGUGGGGUAGCCACAGGGUACAUGGUGCUGAAGGACUUGGGCAUCCAAGUGGAGAAGUACAUUGCCUCAGAGAUCUGUGAGAACCCCAUUGCAUUGGGCACUGUGCGGCCUGAGGGCAACAUCACCUAUGUGCAUGAUGUCAGGAAAAUAACCAAAAGACAUAUUGAAGAGUGGGGUCCUUUUGACCUGGUGAUCGGUGGAAGCCCUGGUAACGACCUCUCCUUUGUCAAUUCUGCUGGGAAGGGGCUGUAUGGUAAGGCUACUUCGCCUCUGCCAGGCUGGGUUCCUCGGGGGAAGUGGUUUGGCUGCAGGCUGGUGGUUCCCCAUGGCCGUCUCGUCUUGGUGGACAGGGCAGCCAGGAGCCCCAGUGCCACAGCUGGUCCCAACCUGCUGCUUGGCCUUUUCCCUGCAGAAGGAACCGGGAGACUGUUCUUUGAGUUCUACCACCUGCUCAACUUUGCCCGUCCCAAGGCUGGCGAGGAGCGGCCCUUCUUCUGGAUGUUUGAGAAUGUGGUGGCCAUGAGGGUCAAUGACAAGAGAGACAUUUCCCGGUUUCUGGAGUGUAACCCAGUUAUGAUUGACGUGAUCAAGAUAUCUGCUGCACACCGAGCUCAUUACUUCUGGGGCAACCUCCCGGGCAUGGACAGUAUCUUUGGCUUCCCCCUCCACUACACGGAUGUCUCCAACAUUGGCCGCGGGGCUCGCCAGAAUCUGCUGGGGAGAUCGUGGAGUGUCCCCAUCAUCCGGCAGCUCUUUUCCCCGCUCAAGGAUUACUUUGCCUGUGAAUAG